GUGCAGUAACAUUAAUAAUAUUUACAUUCGAUGUAUUUGUCAUGACCGAAGCCCGACUCGUGCGUCUUUACGCGCGGAGAGACGCGCCAAACCGCGCGCGCUUCACAGGUGUCCGCGACGGACGUCAUCGCUCUGAAGUCUCAAAUCCCGCUCGUGGAUCAGAGCGGCCGCGUGUUUUUCCCGUGAGAUCAGCCGCUCGGACCGGGCGCCGCGCCUCUGCGCGCUGCGCCGUUGGCGCCGCGGACGAAGUGGGAGGAAACCCGCGCUGAGUUCUCACUCCGUCUCUUCUGUGUCACCGGGGAAGCUCCUUCCAGUCGGCGAGAGGCGCACAAAGCAAAAGGAGAGCGUCUGAGGGGCGAGGCCAACACACAAACCGCCACAGAUCCACAGGUGGAGGAAAAAUGAGCAGCACACAGAUGUCCAAGACGGCCGACGUGAGCGGAGAGACUUGUACUCUGCACACGGACGGCAUCCCCCCGGACACGCUCAUCAAGGUGCAAAGGUACCUGGAGCGUUUCCAUCUGACUCGGGAGAAGCUCCAGGAGGUGUCUGAGCGUCUGAGGAAGGACCUGAUUCGGGGUUUGGGGAAACACUCUCACCACAAGGCGCCCGUGAAGAUGCUGCCCACCUUCGUCAGGGCCACGCCGGACGGGACGGAGAAGGGCGACUUCCUGGCGCUGGAUCUCGGAGGGACGAACUUCCGGGUGCUGCAUGUGCGCGUGAUGGAGGAGCAGCAGAGGGUGCUGAAGAUGGACAGUCAGAUCUGCGCCAUCCCGAAAGAAAUGAUGCAGGGAACCGGAGAACAGUUGUUCGACCACAUCGCCGCCUGCCUCUAUGACUUCCUGCUCUCUCACAAUCUGGAGAGAGAAACGCUUCCUCUGGGCUUCACCUUCUCCUUCCCCUGUGAGCAGAAAGAAAUCGACAAGAGCAUCCUGAUCCGAUGGACCAAAGGCUUCAACUGCUCCGGAGUGGAGGGCGAAGAUGUGGUGAAGUUACUGAAGGAGGCCAUUCGCAGGAGAGGGGACUACGACAUAGGCUCAGUUGCCAUGGUGAACGACACAGUGGGCACGAUGAUGAGUUGCGGCUUCAGAGACCAGAGCUGCGAGAUCGGCAUGAUCAUCGGCACAGGAACCAACGCCUGCUACAUGGAGGAGAUGAAGAAUGUGAAGCGUGUGGAGGGCGAGGCCGGGCGGAUGUGCAUCAACACGGAGUGGGGCGGCUUCGGGGACGACGGCUCUCUGAGGGACAUCCAGACGGAGUUCGACGUCGUGGUGGACGAGAUGUCCAUCAACCCCGGCGUCCACACCUUUGAGAAGAUGAUCAGCGGCAUGUAUCUGGGAGAGAUCGUUCGGCUUCUGCUGGUGAGGCUGACGGAGGACGGGCUGCUGUUCGGAGGACGGACUUCGAAGGCGCUGCUGACCCCGGAAGCCUUCGAGACAAAGUUCAUCUCCGAGAUUGAAGAGCAGGACAACGGUCUGGAAAACACGCAGAAAGUCCUGAGCAAGUUUGGGUUGAAAUGGGACACGGUGGACUCCUGCGUGGUGCGCUUGGUUUGCGACGCCAUCUCCUCCCGCUCUGCCCGCCUGUGCGGCGCCGCCCUGGCGACCCUCGCCAACCGUAUCCGGGUCAACCGCCGGCAGGAGCGUCUGAAGACCACUGUGGGCGUGGACGGGACGGUCUACAAGAAGCACCCCAAUUUCAGCGAGGAGCUCCGAGCGACGGUGCGCCUCCUCGCCCCCAAGUGUGACAUCACCUUCCUCGUCUCGGAGGACGGCAGCGGGAAGGGCGCUGCCAUGGUAACGGCUGUGGCGCAGCGGCUGGCUCGCCAGUCCCGCCUGUUGGAGGAGAGUGACGGUGAGACCGACGAUGAAGAGGAGGAGGAGGAGGAAGACCAAUAGAGACUCUGACGAAGAUGGUGCAUAAUUAUUGUUUGUUGUUUAUAGCUGAACUUAUGAAUGAGUACGUUUUGUUUCGGCAACAGUGAGUCAAACUUGUUAUUUUUUUUCCUUUUUCUGUUCUGCUCCUUUUCUAUUUCUAUGUUGCUCAGCAAAGAGAAAAAGAAAACUAGUGACCCGGAUGUAAGAAACGCUGCAAACGUUUGCACGCAGAAUGUUUGUUGGAACUGAAGCAUUCACACAAUCUGACUAUAAACAUGACUUUUGUCUCAACGAGCCAAAAAAAAGCCAAUUCGUUAACAAAUGAUGGAGACAAAAAGUAUAAUAAUCAUUCUCUGGUUGCUGAGUAAAAAAUGUAAAUUAAAAAAUAGACAUGAUUGAUUGUCAGAGAAUCAGAUUAAUUGAAAUAAAGGUAAUAACAUUUUUAAUAGAAUUUUUAUAUAAAAUGCAUUUUUUAUAUAAAUUAUUUAUAUUCAAUCUCAAGUGUUUUUAAAUGAUUUUUAAAGAUUAAGUUACCUGCAUUCAGUGGAAAUGUGACCUGUGACAUCUUUGUUUCUCUUGAUAACAACUCUGUAACCGUUCAGAUAGAAAGAUUCUGAUUCUUACGACAAAAUAAAUCCCGGUUAGAUAUUGGAACGCGCAGACGCAAUAAAUUUAGAAAAUAUGUUUAUAAGCAAAUAAUUACGGAUUAAACUAUUAAUGGGAA